AUGGCCAUCUGCAAGCCCCUGCAUUACACCACCAUCAUGAGCGACAGGGUUUGCACCAUUCUUGUCCUUUUGUGUUGGCUGAUUGGGUUAAUUGUCAUAUUCCCUCUGCUUAGCCUGGGAGUUCAGCUGGAUUUCUGUAACUCAUAUCUCGUUGACCAUUUUGCCUGUGAUGCAUCUCCUCUUCUGAAGAUUGUUUGUUCAGACACUCAAUUUGUAGAGCAGCUUGCCCUCAUCAUGGCUGUGCUGACCCUCAUUUUUACAUUAGUCUGUGUAAUUGUGUCCUACAUAUACAUUAUUAAGACUAUUUUAAGACUCCCUUCAGCUCAGCAAAGAAAGAAGGCUUUCUCCACCUGUUCUUCCCACGUGAUUGUAGUUUCCAUCACCUAUGGAAGUUGCAUCUUCAUGUAUAUGAAACCAACAAAGGAAGGCGUAGCCAUUAAUAAAGUCGUGUCAUUGCUGAACACGUCAGUCAUCCCUCUGAUGAACCCUUUCAUUUAUACUCUGCGGAACAAGCAAGUCAAACAAGCUUUCAAGGACUCAAUAAAAAAGAUGUCAUUUCUUUCAAAGCUUUAG